CCUGAGUGAAAAGAAGCUCCAAAGGAUGCUGAAGGGGAGGACGCCUGAUUAAGAUGGUCAAGUUGAUUUUCCCGACGAAUCACGAAGUGGCGGUGGUGAUGGUGAUGGAACCUAUCGCAACCUUAGGGUACUUCGUAUUUUGUUUCCAUCACGAAGGAAGUGAGCACCGAGGUUAAGUUUAUUUCACAAACCCCACGAAGGGGCUGCUAUGGCUGACAAUCAGCGAGAAGGGGAUGUCAAAGCUGCUCUUCUUUCGCUCCGGACUGGCCGUGUACGAGAAAAUUUAUAGUACGAAGUGCCUGCCGGAAGUUGCGUCAUUCAUCAAAAUAUAUCAUAAGGCCAGAUCUGGUGUCGGCCCACUGAAGGUUGAAUAUCGAUGUGGUACCCAAAUUGGCGAACCCGCCCAAAGUUGCGCCUCAUCGAGGAUUCCUGGGCAAACCUGAAGCGUAAAAUCUAUUUCAAAAAAUUUGUCGCGAAAAUUUAGGAGUGAUUGAUAAACAAAACGUAGAAAGAACUCAAAAACAUGCCAUAUUUUUUACCACCUCCGAAAAUAGUUCAUUUUUUUACGCAUGCAUUAGCAGAAAUUAUCUGAUUGUCUGUGAUUUUGCGUUCAUUAAUUUCUGGGAGGUUAGGGGUCUAAAAUUAACCGUCUACAGGCGUCAUGACAACCGACGUCAAUAUUUCAACCGCAAUGAAAUUCACUCAUAGCACUGUUGUCUAAGCUGUGCUGAUUAAAUCCGGCAAGCCUUAUCUGUACUUAAGCUGUAUAAAGGCAUUGGUUUCCGUUAGGGCUUACUGUUACUACUUUCACCCGUUCGUCGGCUAUAAAAGAGUGUGUUCAUGUGCGGACUCUCGUCAAUAGCACAAAGUGAGUGAAGUCUACCGUUUUAUGAAGUUCUAAGAAAUUUCGGUUCAACAAUGACUACAAUUUGUGGAACAAUCUUCAAGAGUGAAGUUUUAAGAAAAAGUAUCGCACCAAAUCGAAUCGCCGUGAGAUUGUUUUCGAGCGUUGAAAAUCAUGACCAUCCAAUAGUGGAGUUACCAGGGCUGGGAACACUGAAAGGAUCUAGUACGCGUGGUGCCUGGACAGGAAGUAAAAUUUAUCAGUUUCUGAACAUCCGUUAUGCAGAACCAGCAGAUGGGAAAAAGCGCUUUAAGCCACCAAUUCCAGUGAAGCCAUGGGAGGGUGUUUUGGAUGUGUCUAUGCCUAAGCUAGGAUCACCAGUGUUAAUGGACAUGAAGAAGUACACACCAGACCAACUGGCUCAAAAUCAUGAAGACUGCAUAAACGUUUGUGUGUAUACUAAAAAUUUAAAUGCAAAGAAACCGGUUAUUGUCUACAUCCAUGGUGGAAUGUUUUUCACUGGAGCAGCGAGUCAUUUUCCACCGAACUACAUCAUGGAAAAGGAUGUAGUUCUAGUUGUGCCCCAGUAUCGUUUAGGACCACUCGGUUUUAUAUCCACAAGGACGGAGAACAUUCCAGGCAAUGCUGCAAUUCAUGAUGUGAAGCUGGCACUGGAGUGGGUUCAGAAGCACAUUACCCAGUUCGGAGGAGAUCCUAAUCAGGUUACGGUGAUGGCCCAGUCAUCUGGAGCAUCCAUGGUAUCGUCGAUGCUUUAUAGCCCGGCUAUUGACACUGAAAAAUUGUUCCAUAAACUGAUCCUGCAAUCAGCAGUUUGCUUUACCAAUUGGAGUUACGAUCAUAAUCCGGUAGAGAAUGCCCGUCGUAUUGCUUUGGCAGCAGGAUGUGAGCCAAAAGCCUCCAAUGAAGAAAUUGAACAGUUUUUAAUGGAGAUAGAUGUUCCACGACUUUUGUCGGGGUUCACCAAGCACUAUCGUUAUCAGAUGAACAAUGAAGGCGUCAACCAAAUUGGUGGUUGCCGACUCGUAACUGGAUGUCCUCAUCAGCUCUAUCCUGAGCUUCCGUACCAUGCUAUGCGAAAAGGAAAAGUUCGCAAGAAUCUUCCCAUGCUAAUAGGAACCAUGCAGCAAGAGGGGUCCUUCGCUUUACUAGAUAUAUUCAUAGCGUUGGGAUCUAAAAAUCUUCUGCAGCAAAAAUCAUUGCCUUCACAUAUGCUCUUAGAUGAGAUCAAUAGAAUCAUGGGUAUGGAUGAUCCAAGUUGUGUAACCAGAACUCUACAGUCUCUGCUGUUCUAUAACCAAAAGCUACUCAGACAGAAUAAUUUGAUGAAGAUGAUUCCGGCGAUGGCAGAUUCAGCGGCAGCAUGUCUCGUGAAAGGUUCGGUACUCAAACAAGCGCAGUUGAACUCUGUGUAUCAACCGAACAGCACAUUUCUGUAUAGCUUUGACUACGCUGGACAACAUACUAGAUUUGGCUAUGGGUUCGAUGUUUCGCAGUUUCCAUUCACAGGAGGGGUACAUCACACGAAUGAUUUGUUGUACCUGUUCCCGUACCCAGCGGAAGCAUCGCAGCUUAACGAGGCUGACUCCCAAAUGGCGAAGCGUACAGUUGAUCUUUGGACUUCUUUCGCCAUUGAGGGAGUGCCUUCCGCGGAAGGGCUUCCAGUGUGGCCUAGUAUGAGAGAUGCUUAUGGGCCAUACCUGAAAAUUAAUCAGAAUUGCACAGUAGCAGAAAACUAUGCGCAAGAAUUCACGGUAACAAUGCAAGACCCAGCCUCGAUUGCUAAGUCAGUGGAGCAGCGUUCUGAACUUGAUGUGCAAACACCUCCGGUAAGAGAUAAGCAGCAGUACCGGAAAGCAGUUGUUCAGUAAAAACUGUAGCAGUAGGAGAAAUCAGUGAAUUUGUACAAAUUUAGAAAUAAUAUUUAUUUAUUAUUUGUUCUAAGCAACAUUAAGACAGAU